AUGCUGAAUCUACAUGUUUUAGGCAAUAAGUUUCAGAGCAGACUGUUACAGAUUAUAGACACAAGCCAACUUCCAGAUUUCCUCGGCGGCAGUUGUUCGUGCCCAAAUGAUGGAGGGUGUCUUAGAUCUGAUAAGGGACCUUGGAAUGAUCCUGACAUUUUGAAACUAUUGCAUUCUAGAGAAGCAAUGAAGCUAACAAAGUUUGGAAGUUCUUCUGUUGCUGAUGGGGUUGAUGUGAAGUCAUAUGCCAGCAAGGUUAAAAGCACUGGAAUAUCUGAACCUUUAUCAGCGUCAGAAGUAAGAUUGAAUCCUUCAGCCUUCGUACAAUCUGUUCCUUCUAGUGAAAAAAAAAGGAUGAGAGACUCUGCACCUACCGGCAAUGUACUUGAGCCUUUAAAUGCUGCCAGAGAAGUUGUUGGGGAUGUUGAUUCAAUAAGUGAUUCAAACAACAAUUAUCUCAGAAGACUACAGGAGAAGCCAAUUCCAUAUAUUAUAAGUAUUUUGGCUCAAAUCGCAGUCAAAUUGUUAACUUGUAUUUAUGUAGUAUUUGCGGCAUUGGGGAAAUGUUUUGUGGUUCGCUCUGUAGACAACCAACCAAGAAGCCAUGAGAAAACCAAAUCGGCUCAAUCCAAUUCCGAGGAACAAUUAAUGACUCCGGCGAUAAAAGAGCCACUUUGGCAAAGAAUUCAGAAUUUAGAGGCAGUGGUAACUGAGAUGGCUAAUAAACCUAAUACAAUUCCUCCUGAAAAAGAGGAUAUUCUUCAAGAGUCAUUGAGUCGCAUAAAAUGUAUAGAAUAUGACUUGCAAAAAACAAAGAAGGCCCUGCUAGCCACUGCUUCAAAGCAAGUUGAGCUUGCCGAGUCAUUGGAAAGCUUAAAGGAGAGUAAAUUUGACGGAAGAAAUUCAUGUUGGCCUAAAAAUAGAAGUUAUGCCCCAGGAAGAUGAGCCCGUUUUUCAGCAUCAGUUUGCAGUCCAUUGUUUUUGAUACUUUACAGCUGAAUUACUACCAGAGCUAAACUUCUAUUGGCUUAUAUAAAAGAAUUACUCUCAUUAUCAUAUAGGCUUGAGGAAUGUGGGCUAUGGGGAGUGCAUAGCCCCAAUGUAUAGAAGGCAACAAGAAUUUUUUAUGAAGAUUCUGGACUUCAAAUACUCCUUUUAAAUGUAUAACUGAGUGUGUUAACCACAUUUAUUUUCUUAUUGGCUUUUCUGUACAGAGGACAUAUACACAAAGUAUGCUACUCAAAUUCAGAUGUAUUUUAAUACCCGAUGCAUAUAUGC